AUGAACGUCGUUUCGGCAGCGCCUCCGCUCUCAUCGAAGGUGAUUCCAGGAUGCAGCAACACCCACAGCAACAGUGGACUUCCCACUAUCCUCUCUGACCUCGGCACCUUUGCAUACCAGUCCGCGAGCUACGGCCCGCAGCAGCUGCUUGCGUGCAGCUCUGCUGUGACCAACGCGGGCGAGGUUAUCUUUGUCUAUGACAUGAACAGCAUGCUGCUUACACAGUCGCUCAGCGGACACAGGGCUGCUGUUACAGCGCUGCUGUGGCGUCGGCCCCCGGUGUCGUACUUGCAGACAGGCCUCUUCCUGUGGAGCGGCGACGCAAGCGGCGCACUGAUGUACUGGGAUGUAGGUGAAGGCGUAGCGCUAACAUCGAUCCAGACGCCGUGUCAUGGCCUAGUGCAGUCGCUGACACUUGUCACAGACGACCACCUCCUCGUCGUCACCCAGAAGGGCUCAGGCUACGUGUAUAACUCACACCUCAUCGACAACACCCCUCUUCCACCCGGCAGUUUUCCACUAGAGGCGAAGCAGAGCACCCUACUGGGCAGCACCAGCAGGCCAUCGAUCGUCGCUUUUUCUCGGCUAAGCGACCAACAUUCUUGCGCUGUUGUCCUGGGCGACCGUCUGCGCAUCUUCAAGAGCAUCCAACUCGAGAGCGACGCCGCCCCUCCAGUGGCAAAGGACCUGAUCUACGACAGCAGUGACGGUGCCGCCACAGUCAUCGAUGCCAUUUUCAGUGAUGCGCAGGAGGAGUUGCUGUACUUUGCCACACGCAACACGGUGGGGUGUUACGAUUGGAAGCUGGAGGUGAUGCUGAACGAGUCCUUUCUGUGGAUGCCGGGCGAAGUGGAGUUUCGCCGCAUCUUUCGCUCGUGCGCGAGUGGCGUAGCGGCGCGCGUCGGAUCGUGUAACCAGGAGUCCAUUGCAUCUUCUGCAAGCGAUGCUGCUGCCGCCGCACAGGUGCCCAUCAUGUACUCGUUCGGCUCCGAUCAGCGACUUGCCGCGUGGCACACCACCCGUCACAACCGCUUCACCAGCGUUGCGAUGGAUGUGCGCGGGGUGCGCAUUAACGCUAAGCGGUGCUUCAACGUGGCGCAGUCGGAGCUCGACUCGUCCCGGUUUGCAGUGCUGUUCGAGGAUGGCGCCAUUGCGCACUGGCAGUACAUUCCACGAACUCGUCGAUGGAAGCUGCUGGACUGUUGGCUUGCGCCUCUGGUGCGCCCUGUAGCAUUCUGCCCCGUUGGUGUCUAUCACUGCUGCGUGGCGCUGGAGAGCGGUCAUUUUAUUCUGAUGGACAUCACGCACAGCAUGGCAGUUCGGCGGUUCAACUUGGUUUAUUCCGGCGGAACGCAGAUUGUGCUGCUGUGCGGGUACAAAUGGAGCGACCUCGUCUGGGUCGUGUCGGACCGCGUCCAGCAGUACCGCCACCACCAUCAGGUCUCGCUGAUUGACACCCGCACAGGGGAGGUGGUGCGAGUCCUGCGCAAGCCGUCCUCGGUGCCAGAGCAGACCCGCAUGAAGGAGAUCACGAUGGACACGACAACCACGUACGUCCUGCUGACGUACUGGAACGGCACAUUUGAGGUUUGGACAGCGGCUGACAGUCGACUGGUUCACAUCCACGCCGGUUUGGGUGUUGCAAAUGUGUCGUGGGCACCGCCGUCGAUGCGGCGCUGCUUGAGUGGUGUUCAGGGUACACCGCAGCUACUCGCCGUUUUAUUCUCGGAGGGCACACUGUCGCUGUGGUCGGUUUACAAGGACCGCGUGGUGGUGAGCCGCGACGCUAUUUCCCUCUUUCACCCAAGUGUAGUGGAAGGGUCAGUGCGGUCUGCAGUUGUGGGGGACACUCUUGUAACGUGGGAUAGUCAUGGCAACGGCGUCGUGUUGCGCGCGCAAGGGACGCGGUUGGCGGUGCGGCGCCUACGCGAUGCUCCGCCAAACAGCGGAGCUGCGAUGUGCCUUGGCGGACUGCCACCGCCGUUUCGCGCGACAAGCGCGGCGGAGUUCAUGAGCUUUUCGUCGCCGCUAGCGUGGACGACGUCGGGGUCCUUCGCACACGACGGGGACGACGACAAUGGGGCUGAUUCAACCGGCACGGACGCUGUGGGGCCUUUCUCACCAUCGACCACUGACUUUAGUGCGGCCCGCGCCGUGGCGGUUCUCUUUGAGAGUGGCGUGUUUGCUGUCUGGGACAUUGCGACCGGUGAGUGCCGCGCGCUAUCCUCGGCUGGCAUGGCUGCCGAUGUGCGUGCUUUGUCGCUCUACUGGGCUGGCGAGUCGCUCUGUGUGCUGGGCGCGGACGGCUGCCUCUACGUCCUCGACAUGACCCUGACUGAGAUGAACAGCAGUGUGAGGUACAGGGCGCUGCGGCGCCCCAUGAAGAACGUGGCCUUUCUCCUUCCUGCUCACCGUACUUAUGUGCAGGUGGCCCUGGAGCUUGGCACUCCUCAGUCGGCUGUGGGCGACGGAGCCCAACCUGCUUCGCAUUCCUUGGGCGCUCCCCCCAGUGCGGUCAUGGAGGCGGUGUCAGCCUCCGCGCGUCCCUGCCGUGGUCCAUUUGGGCAGCUCCUCACUGAGGACAUACGGACUUUACAAGAUGAGCUGGAGCUCUACCGCACCACGAUGGUGCCGCGUUAUGUGCUGCUGCAGCUGAGCCUCUGCGGCUCCGCCGCGGUGACCACGGCGCCAGCUUCUCCUCUGGUUUGGCUGAGACGCGCUGCAGUGGUCGCCGGUUUUUUUGGCCAGCCAACGAAGCAGCGGUUUAUGCAGCUUGCUGCCGAUGCGCUGUGCCACUGGUCACCGUCGGCGGUCGUGCGCCGCGAAGUCGGGUGCCGUCCUCUUGGAACCUCCUCCCAUGCCGAUACCACACUGGCCGCCGAAUCAGCAGAUCAGCCUCCUGCGUCACCUGAAAGUGAGUCGCUCAAUGCAGCCUCCUCCAGUGUACCACAGACGUACGCCUGUGCAGAUGCGUAUUCGGAAGCGCUUGCCCCUCCCCACGUUGUGCGGCGCAAUCGUAUCCUCCUUAAUGAGCAGCGCACCGCCGCGCUGCUUUCCAAUACUCACAACCACCGCGCCAGGGAUGACUGUGUGACGCGACUCGCACUUGCACGUGACUGGCUGCGACUCGAACACCGCCAGCAUGCCAUCGAGGUGCUGUUGGAUGCGUCGCCACAGUCCACGAGGUACAACGAGCUGGCCACUCUCAGCAUGUCUGUGGCUGCCUCGACCGCCGUCAAGUCGUCUUCGGUGGACUCAGCAUCCUCAGCGCUCUUUGCCGCCUCCGCGAAGCGUGCAGCGGCAAUGUUGCUGGCCCAGGGCGACAUAGAGGCGGCCGUAGAGAAGCUAGUGCUGGCUGGCGAGUACCGCAGCGCUUGUGUCACUCUCCAGUCAAGAGGUCGGUGGCGCGAUGCUGUGCUCCUCGUCAAGGGAGUGCCUCAAAUGCAGCGGCCCUUGCUGAGGGAGGUGCUGCAGCGCUGGUCGGCGCUCUCCGUGCAGCGCGGCUACCGCCUGCUUAGCGCCGCUCUUCUACUCGCCUGCGGCGGCGCAACAACGAAUGAAACGCCGCCACCUCCACUGGCAGCUCUGUCCCUGCUGAUGGAGUCGGCCCAUUUCACGGAUGUGGCUGGGGUUCUGGCUCUUGUGCUGGCGCAGUAUUACGAAGUCAUUUCCGAGUGGCCCGAGACGGCUGCAGCGAUGUCGUCAUCCAUCUCACUCGCUCACUCUUUGGGCAUCCCCCCAGCGCAGCCGGUGAGUACCAGUGCCAUGAUGGACAACGUGCUGCAUGCCUUGGGUGACUACAGCAGCCUUCUGCAUACAGUCGGGAACUUGGCAGGAGAGGAGGUGGUGCUACGACAGGCUGCAGCGCUGAAGGCGUCAAUACGGCUGGCCGUCAAAGACAACACAGAUGAGGGUGGGGACUAA